UUCAAAACACGCUCCAUCUCCUCUCUCCUCAAUCUUCACAGACAGAGAUAGAGAAUGUCGAAGCUUCUCUUCCCUUCCCAUUUCAAUGCCCUAAACCGCCAAACCUACUCAUUCCUCCUCUCUUCAAAAUCUUCAUUAUCUUCAUUACCACUCCGUUCCAAAUUCCUAUCCAAACCGUCCAUCUUCCGCUCCUUCUCCAUUCCACCCAACUUCUCCACCACCGCCUCUAAAGACGAAGAGGAUUCGAACAAGGCCGAAGGACUUUCUUCGAAUUCCUCUCCGCCUGUCAUCGAAGAUAGGCCGAGAUCGAAGGACGGAGAUUACCCGAGUGGGGAGUUUGAGUUCGAAGAAAUCACUGGAUGGAGGAGCUUCGUCGUCAAGCUGCGGAUGCUUUUCGCGUUCCCGUGGGAGAGGGUUCGGAAGGGCAGCGUUCUGUCCAUGAAAUUACGCGGACAGAUCUUCGAACAGUUGCGGGGCCGAUUCUCUUCAGGGCUAUCUCUACCUCAAAUUUGUGAAAAUUUUAUAAAAGCGGCAUAUGAUCCUCGCGUUUCUGGUAUCUAUCUUCAAAUAGAACCCCUUAACUGCGGUUGGGGCAAAGUUGAAGAGAUUCGAAGGCAUAUAAUAAAUUUCAAGAAGUCAGGUAAGUUCAUCGUGGGCUAUAUCCCUGUCUGUGGAGAGAAAGAAUACUACCUUGGCAGUGCCUGUGGAGAGCUAUAUGCACCUCCCAGUGCUUAUGUUGGGUUAUAUGGUUUGGCAGUACAGGCAUCAUUCCUAGGAGGUGUUUUCGAGAAAAUAGGAAUUCAACCACAAAUAGAACGCAUAGGAAAGUAUAAAAGUGCUGGGGAUCAACUCUCACGCAAAAGUAUUUCGAAAGAGAAUUUUGUUAUGCUGACUUCAUUGCUUGAGAACAUUUAUGGGAAUUGGCUGGAUAUGAUUUCUUCCACUCAAGGGAAGAGAAGAGAUGAUAUUGAGAACUUCAUUAAUGAAGGAAUUUACAGAGUGGAAAGACUGAAAGAGGAAGGCUGGAUAAAGGAUUUGCAUUAUGAUGAUGAGGUUAUGUCAAUGCUAAAAGAGAGAGUGGGUCAGCCAAAGGAUAAACAGCUCCUCACAGUUGAUUACAGGAAAUAUUCUAGAGUAAGGAAUUGGACACUUGGGUUGGGACAAGGCAAAGACCAAAUAGCUAUAAUCAGAGCUUCUGGAAGCAUUAGUCGUGUUCGCAGUCCAUUGAGUGUCCCUGGCUCCGGUAUUAUUGGUGAGCAAUUCAUUGAGAAGAUCCGUACUAUAAGGGAUUCAAAAAAAUAUAAGGCUGUUAUCAUACGGAUUGACAGCCCUGGUGGUGACGCUCUUGCUUCUGAUUUAAUGUGGAGGGAGAUAAAGCUUCUCUCGGCCUCCAUACCUGUGAUUGCUUCAAUGUCUGAUGUGGCUGCAAGUGGAGGUUACUACAUGGCUAUGGCAGCAGGAACUAUUGUUGCGGAGAAUCUUACCUUGACAGGUUCAAUUGGGGUUGUCACAGGAAAGUUUUGUUUAAACAAACUAUAUGAAAGGAUUGGCCUCAAUAAAGAGAUUAUAUCAAGGGGAAGAUUUGCUGAGCUUCUUGUUGCCGAACAACGCCCUUUCAGGCCAGAUGAAGCUGAACUCUUUGCCAAGUCUGCGCGGAAUGCGUAUAGGCAGUUUCGAGACAAAGCGGCUUUCUCAAGAUCAAUGACUGUAGAUCAGAUGGAGGAAGUUGCUCAGGGAAGGGUAUGGACUGGUAAUGAUGCAGCUUCCCUAGGUCUGGUCGAUGCUAUCGGUGGAAUGUCUCGAGCUAUAGCCAUUGCAAAACAGAAGGCCAAUAUACCACAAGACAGUCAGGUGAGAUUAGUCGAGUUAUCAAAAACCUCACCAUCCUUACCAGAGAUCGUAAGUGGCAUAGGGAAUACCCUGUUUGGGGUGGAAACGACAGUUAAGGGGCUGUUGCAGGAGUUAACUUCAUACUCUGAUGGAAUCCAAGCUAGAAUGGAUGGGAUCAUGUUUGAAAGAUUGGGAAGCACCUCUUAUGGCAAUCCCAUCUUUCAAUUGAUAAAGGACUGCCUGAGCUCCUUUUGACCAUCAAAGCAUCUCUCCAUCUCAUUUCCGUCAUUUGCUGGAAAUCAAGGUUUUGUGAGGAGACUUUGAGGUCCUUGCGGCAGACAUGAUUCAUGAACUCGCACCUCAGUUUCAGGAAGAUUGAAUGAAGAUAAAGGAGAGGAACUUCACCGAAUGUGAUUGUCGGAAGAGUAUCUGAUCUUCAUUGCAUUCAUUUCUGAUACGAAAUUCUGUCAUAUAUUACUGCACAUGUGAAAGCAGCAUUUUGUAUAAUCAUCAAAGAUUCAUUGUAUACAGUCUUAAAUAUGAAAGAAAAGCCCCCUUUACUCUGUAAUUAUUUGAAGGAAGGUCAAUCCAUGAAGUGCAUACAUGCAAUAUUUUGCAUA